AUGGAUAGAAAUAUUUUUGCAAAUAACCCAAUGAUCAUUGACAUGGGUUCAAGUUAAAUUAAAGCAGGGUUUGGAGGUGAGGAUAAACCAAAAGUGAUUUUUAAUUCAUAUAUUGGACGCCCAAAAGUAAAGGCUUUGUCUGCUACAAAUAGUUAAGAAUUAUAUGUAGGAAAUUAAAUUACAGAUAGUAUAAGAGGGAAUAUGAAAAUAAAAUAUCCAUAUCAGAAAGGUAUAAUAAAGGAUAUGAAUGAUAUGGAUCAACUAUGGAAAUACACUUUCUAGGAAUUGCAUAGCAACCCUAAAGAAUGCCCAAUUUUAUUGACUGAACCAUCAUUUUCUAGUCAAAUCUAGAAGAUGGAGAUUGCAAAGUAGUUCUUUGAAAAUUACGAUUGUCCUGCUCUAUUCUUUGCAGUAUCUGGAAUAGUUAGUUUAUUUGCAAGUGGGAAAACUACUGGAGUGAUUUUGGAUGUUGGAGACACAGUAUCGUAAAGUAUCCCAAUUUACGAUGGGUUUUACAUUUAACAUAGUGCAUAAAGAGUAGAUUUGGCAGGAAGAGAUGUCACCGAUAAUUUGAACAAUUUGUUAAGAAGAUCAGGAUACAUAUUCACAAAAUCUGCAGAGUUGGAAAUUAUUAAGAAGAUCAAAGAAAAGCGUUGUUUUUUGAGUCCAACAAUGAUAGCAGAGGAGAAGUUUUAGGAAGAGAGAAAGAUAAAAGAUCAAUAUAUGCUACCUGAUAACAAUACGAUUGAGAUAAGUUAUGAGAAACAGAGGGCUCCAGAAAUCUUGAUGUCUCCAGAAAAAUACGGUCUAGAAUUAAAUUCCAUUCCUGAAAUUCUCGCCAAUUCUAUAUAGAAAGUGGAUUUGGACCUGCGUAAGUCUUUAUACAACGAGAUUGUUUUGACUGGAGGAACCUCUUUGAUGCAAGGUUUUCCCGAGAGAUUGAUUGGAGAAGUCAAAAGAUUGAUUCCAAAAGAUGCUAAGGUCAAAAUUUGGGCUCCUCCAGAGAGAAUUACUUUAUGUUGGUAAGGUGGUUCUAUUUUAUCUAAAUUGGCUUCUUUCAAAAGUAUGUGGAUAUUAAAAAAGGAGUUUGAGGAUGAAGGUGAAAGAAUUUUAAUAAAAAAAUAAUUGUGA